AUGACUGAAUUAAAAAUUAGGAAUUAUUCCUUAAUUAUAGAAAAACACAAUGUCAACAACAAUAAUAAAUUAAUUCUUCCAUAUGUUUAUUUUUCCAAAUUUUCAUAUUCAAAAGGGCUUGAAUUACAAAAUUUUCUUGUUGAGCAUCAUAAAAAAUUUAAUGAACCUUCAUCUGAUAUAAUAAUAUUACUGCAACAUCCUCCAACUUAUACAUUGUCGGUAAGAUCUUAUGUUGCAUCAAUUGAAAAAUUGAUUAUUGAUACAUGCUCUGAAUAUAAAAUUAAAGCCAGAACUACCAAAGAUACUGGCGUUUGGGUUGAAAAUGAGAAAAUAUGUGCAAUUGGUAUUCAAGUUCAAAGAUUUAUAACAUCGCAUGGAUUUGCACUUAAUUGUAAUACAGAUUUAAGAUGGUUUAAUCACAUAAUUCCUUGUGGGAUUGAGGGUAAAAGUGUAACUUCGAUUACAAAAGAACUUAACAAACGAGGAGGAGAAACAAAUCAAGAAAUCAGCGUGGAACAAGUUUUACCAAUUCUAUUUAAAAAAUUCAACACUUUACUUGGUGGUGGUGAUAAUGGUGUUGCUAUCAGACAAUUAAUGCCGUUAAAUGAAUUGAGUCAUAUUGAAAUUUAUAAUAAAUUAAAUAUUGAAAUAAAAAAAAUCGCAAAAUGA